UUUCCAUUCUGUUGGCCUCCCGCAGGGCGCUCAGCCUCCGGGGUUUCGAACUUCUUGGGGUGGUCGGGAGUCGCGGCUCCUCCUCCCCACCGGCACACAGCGCCGGAGGGACUGAGGCCGCCCGGGUCUCUCCGAGAGCCUCUGUCGGCUCCGCCCGCGCGGGUUGGGGGCGGGGUCGUGGCUCAGGGACCGCGGAGGAGGUAGGGCCUUUUCUCCCUCCGGUGUGCUCCUCUUCAAAAGCUACGAGACCGCUUUGCCCCUUCUCCAGAGAAACGUGUACGCAGUGGUGGAAAACGGCCGCAGUGCCCUCUUUUCACUGACCUGGGGAUCGCGGGAGGUUCUGAGAUGGAUAGAGAGUGGUGUUUGAUGAUUGAGGGAAAAUGUCUAUUGCUUAAUGAUGGAUAUUGUGAACCAGUUACCCAGACACUCCAGUAUUCAAAGAGAAAUUGAGAUCAAGCUCUUAAUUUAAACUCAGAAGCUUCUCUGGUCUUCAGAGUGAGAUAUGGAAUAUUCUGGAAACACUAUCAGAUCACAGGAUGGAAGCCCUUGAUGUGAAUCAGGUGUAUGGUUAUCUUUCUCGGAACCCUUUCUGUCUUCCUGAGGGGAAGAUUGAGGAGGCAAAGAUGGUGGCUGGGUUACUGAUGGAUUCUUCUCAGCACUUAGUGACCUUCGAGGAUGUGGCUGUGACCUUUACCCAGGAGGAGUGGACUUUGUUGGAUCAAACACAGAGAGAUCUCUACAGAGAUGUGAUGUUGGAGAACUACCAGAAUCUCAUUAUACUAGGAUAUGAAUCAUGCAAACCUGAUCUCAACUCUCUAAUGGGAGGAGCAGAAGAGCUGAGGACAGGAGGGAGAGGAAUUCUGCAGGAAUUGGAUUUGCAGCUCAAAACUAAAGUUUUCACAGCCCUUCAGGAUAUUUCUUUGGAAAAAACAUCAAAUGGAAUACAAUUGGAGAGAAGCAAUGCUGGAGCGAAACAAUAUGGCUCUGACUUGUGUGGAAGAGCGUUUAGUGGACACUCAUUUAUGACUCACAGUAGACAGAAAACUUCUAAGGGUAAUCAGAAUGGAAAGGCCUUUAAAAAGAACUUUAUUUGUACUCUGCUCAAGGAAAUCCCCAUUGGGGAGAAAACUUCUGAGAGUGUCAAGCACGAUAAAGCCUUUGGUCAGUUUUCAGAUCUUACUGUGCACAAGAAAACUCAGACACGAGGGAACGUGUGUGAAUGCAAAGAGCGUCAGAGAACUUCUGUUAAUCAGUCACCCCUUAAGGCACACAGGAGACACCACACUGGAGAAAAACCCUGUGAAUGUAAAGAAUGUGGGAAGGUCUUCACUCAUUCCUCGUACCUUACAGAUCAUAGAAGAAUUCACAGUGGAAAAAAGCCCUCUGUGUGCAUGGAAUGUGGGAAAGCCUUUACUCGAUCCACAGGACUUAUUUUACACAUGCGAAUUCACACUGGAGAAAAACCAUAUGAAUGUAAGGAAUGUGGAAAAGCUUUUAUUCACUCUUCAUACCUUACAAAACACGUAAGAAUUCACAGUGGAGAAAAGCCAUAUUUAUGUAAGGAGUGUGGGAAAACUUUCACUCGCUCCUCAGGACUUGUCUUACAUGUGCGAACACAUACUGGAGAGAAACCCUAUGUAUGUAAGGAAUGUGGGAAAGCCUUUAAUAAUUCUUCAAUGCUUAGUCAACAUGUCAGGACACACACUGGCGAGAAGCCAUAUGAAUGCAAGCAAUGUGGGAAAGCUUUCACUCAGUCUUCAGGCCUUACCACACACUUACGAACUCACACUGGAGAGAAGGCCUAUGCAUGUAAAGAAUGUGGGAAAGGUUUUGCUCGUUCUACAAAUCUUAAUAUGCACAUGCGAACACAUACUGGCGAAAAACCGUACAAAUGUAAAGAAUGUGGGAAAGCCUUUAGGUACUCCACGUGCCUUAAUAUUCACAUGCGAACUCACACUGGAGAGAAACCAUAUAAAUGUAAGGACUGUGGGAAAACCUUCACUCAAUCUUCAGCACUUGCUAAACAUUUAAGAACUAAGGCAUGUGGAAAAACCUGUAAAUGUUCUCCAGAUCUUAGUAUUCACAUCUAAACUCAUCUGGAUAAAAAGUACCUUAUGAAAGUAAAGACUGUGUGAGAAA